CUUUUUCAUCGCGACCUUUUGCAUAAUUCGAAGUUAUGGGAGUCGGCGACCCAAACGGCCUCCAAUGGAUAUUUCCACCAGGCAACGAUCAUAAGACCAGCGAUGUCGCAGCAAAUUUUGGUCCCGUAUACGUUCAAGAUGCAAUCAAAAUCGAGUAUACUCCGGCAGACCAGCCCGCGCAGAUCGAAUUAGCGUGCGGGUUUAGCGGUGAUGCCCAGGCAUCUGUUAUUGAAACUAGAAGUGCCUCCAGGUCGCCAUACUUCUGGAAUCUGCUCAAGCCCGCUGGUGACGGAAACGGCGCGUGUCAUUUCGCGUUUUCUUCAGCAUCGGCAGGCAAUGGAGACUACUGGGUAUACAUGUCAGCUAAAGCUGACCACACCACUAUCUGGAGCAAUCUUGCCGUGGCUACUGUUGGUACUUCCUCAACGGCCGUAGCAGAGUCAAGUCAAACUUCAACGAUGGUUGCAAGCAGUGCAGCACCUACCACUACAUCAUCACUCUUGACCGCUGCUCAGCUGGCGGUAUCUUCGAAUAGCAAGCCAACAACAGUCAUCACAAGUACAACAGUUUCUUCAAUUACCGGAUUGGCACUCGCCGCAUCCAGUCCAUCAGCACCAAAAGCCUCGGGUUUAGUACUAGCAACAAACACACCUGCCGCGUCAAGUGUUUCAACUUCGACCGCAGCACCCACUACAGAGAAGAAGUCCUCUUCAAAUCACGCAGCAAUGGGCAUCGGUGUGACUGUCGCGAUUCUUGCCAUCAUAGCCUUCGUGCUCGGUCUAUUCCUUUUCUACAAACGGCGGAGUAGGAACAACUUCAAAUCCCUACCCGAUGAACCAACUCCAGAUACCAAGGCUACUGUAUCACGGCCUCUGCCCACGAAAAACGUCGGAUACGGAAUUGAGAUGGUACCCCAAGAAAAGGGGUGGAUGUAUGAUCGAUAUGCGCAAGCAACGGAACCGGUAGGAGGCAAUAUGCCUCCGAAGGCUGUUGUAGCCCCGGAGAGUACCGUAGCCUCGAAGAAUCCCUACUCAGCGGCUAUGAUGUAUCAAGAGAAGCCGUAUCCACAACUUCCUGAGUCAGGGGGACAACCACGAGCAGCUCCAGCACCACCUCCGAAGGAUACGGACGAGAUACCAACACAGUCCACGCAGCCAUUUUAA